GCCGGACAGGAAUCGGAAAUAGUUUUAGCUUCUUUCCGUUAACGCGAGAUCUCAGUGCGAGACUUGAUAGAGGUCCGUCGCUCGGCUGAGGUUCAUUCAUCACCUCGAGGCUUUGGACGACGCGGAUAAAGCGGCAAAAAAGAGAAGAUGACCACCCCUGAAGUACGACUCAAUCACACGAUUUACAUAAACAACUUGAACGAGAAAAUCAAGAAAGAUGAGCUGAAGAAGUCGCUGUACGCAAUCUUCUCCCAGUUUGGCCAGAUCUUGGACAUCUUGGUUGCCCGAAACCUGAAGAUGAAGGGUCAGGCCUUUGUCAUCUUCAAAGAAAUCAACAGCGCCUCCAAUGCUUUGCGAUCAAUGCAGGGCUUCCCCUUCUAUGACAAACCCAUGCGUAUCCAGUAUGCAAAGCAGGACUCGGAUAUCAUAGCUAAAAUGAAGGGGACCUUUGUGGAGCGUGACCGUAAGAAAGAAAAGAGGAAGGUAAAGGGGGCUGAUGCAGCUGGAGCCAAGAAAGGUGUACCGGGAGCUGCUGCACCCAUGGGCCCUGGGGUGCCCGCAGCAAUGCCUGGAAUGCCACCCAUGAGCCAAGCUCCUCGCAUGAUGCCGAUGCCCGGCCAGCCACCCUACAUGCCCCCUCCGGGCAUGAUGCCGCCUCCUGGGAUGGGACCUGGCCAGAUGCCCCCUGGUGCCAUGCCUCCUGGCCAGAUGAUGCCCGGGCAGAUGCCUGGACAAAUGCCACAGCAGGUGGCAGAGAAUCCUCCCAAUCACAUCCUCUUCCUUACCAACUUGCCAGAGGAGACAAACGAACUCAUGCUGUCUAUGCUCUUCAACCAGUUCCCAGGGUUCAAGGAGGUGCGUCUGGUCCCCGGUCGCCACGACAUCGCCUUUGUGGAGUUUGACAAUGAGGUGCAAGCUGGUGCUGCACGAGAGGCACUGCAGGGCUUCAAGAUCACACAGACUAAUGCCAUGAAAAUCUCAUUUGCCAAGAAAUAACCCCAAAGACAGGUCCAACACUAGUGGUCUUAUAUAUACACACACACACACACACACAGGCAGUCACAGGUAAUUUAUUCUGUGGAGCGGUGACCCAAAACUCAAAUUAUUUUUUUUUCCACAAAUGGACAGUUCUUCAGUUUGUCACUACUCUUAUGAACUCAGCGUUUCAUGUAAGUAUGUAUCCUUUACAUCAGGUUGCUAUUUGACAACGCCUUUCAGACUAACCUAAUCGCAGACGACUGUGAGGCUGUGUAAUGGUCAAGUACAUUACAUUUUUAUAUCGGGUAGAAGUUAGAAGAAAAAAUUCCGCAGUUGUCUGAUCUGGAUUCUGCAAAGCGGUUACAGUCCAUUGACUUUUUAAAGGUUUGUACAUAGAUGCAUAAGGAAGUUGAUGUCAUCCCCCCCACCCCCACCCCUUUUUUUUUUUUUUUUUUAACUGUCAUAAAGCAUUGCACCCAGAGUCUGGUUUACCAGACAUUGUACCUGGAGCUUUUUUUUUUUAUGUAAUUGAAAUUCUUUUAUAAAAUAAAAAAAGUAUUGUUC